GAGAGAGAGAGAGAGAGAGAGAGAGAGAGAGAGAGAGAGAGAGACGCUUAAAUGUGAAGACGAGGAGCGCGCGGGACGCACGAGCUCAGACCUCCUCCGGUGCCACACCGACAGGAGCGGAGCCACCGGCUUGGCGUCUGAAUGACUCCCGUUUCGAUUGUCGGCGGUCAGGUGAAUCCCGCGUCGAGAGCCUCCCGUUUUUUCCUGCCCGCUGCGUUUUUAAGACACGGCGGGGAGUCUCCGACGGCAGCUGAAGAGCUUGGUCUGCGGUCGGCGGUGCUCGGCGUGGCGGGAGCAGCUGGAGGACCCCGCCGGCGACAAGCCCGGAGACCCGAACUUGGCUUACAAACAAGCGGCAUCUGCAACUCUUGGAAACCGCCGGUCUUUCGUCAAAACAACAGAAAAAAAAACCACAUCCCUUUUUUAAACUUUCCGCCUCCUUUUAAAUAGAAAUGGUGGGCAGGUUGAACUUGGCAAAAGUGUGUGACGAUGAUCCGCUGGAUAUGAGCGCCAAGGCAGAGCGGACGCUGGACAGUCCGGACUCCGGCUUACCGCCGAGUCCCAGGCCCGGCGCCUGGCUGCUGCCCGCCGGGGGAGAUAAAGGCGGCAUGAGUCCGCUCUCCGAAGACGAGGGCAGGGGGUGUUUGGUUCCAGUUUUACCCGUCAGAUCUUUUCCGCAGCUGCAUCCAUUAUCCUAUGGGGAGGGAAUAGAGCUUGAUCCAUUACCGCCCAAGGAAGUAAGAUAUACUUCCUCGGUGCACUACGACUCAGACCGGCACUUCAUCCAGGACGUUGCCCUGCAGCCGCGAGGCCAGGGCCUGGAGCACUGCAGUCAGACCGUCAUGGCCCUACCGCAGAGCACCUGGCGCCGCUACAAGACACAACUGGAGUUCCAGCCUCGCCAGCGAGCCCAGCGCUUCCAGAGUACCACCAUUGUCUACCCCAAGCAAACACGAUCUCUCUACACCACAGAGCUGAGCUAUGACUGCCACCGACUAGCCAGACGUUUCCUCUCCAGUGUGGCGCUGGAGGCAGCCAAUCACCGAAAGAUACCUCAGUGAGUAGAUGCUGGUGGCUUGGGACACUCUUAUGUGGUGGACACUGACAUGGUUCCCCAAGCCUGACUGCAGUGGACCUGCAGUGUUGUCUUUCUGUAGCAUACUGUAAAUUUGAUGCCUAUCCCGAAACGUGGAAGGAACCAGUGGUGCUGCUCGACAGUCAGAAAUAUGAACAGUAGACAUCAUUGUCUCCCAAGUGCUUCAGUUUGUAUCUAGUUGCAAGUUUUCUGAAAGCACAUUCGUAUUGGAUUUGUUUUAAGUCUGGUUUUGUUAAUUUUGCAAACCAACUGAAAGCAUGAUUUGUAGAUUGGACUGAGGCAACAGGUGGGGAGGAUCCUAAUCACCUUCAGCUAGAUUAUUCACGUCUUCUUUCACAGACUCCAUCUUUGUAGAAUUGAUUUUGGAUCAAGUGCUGGAGGAUGGAAACACCCCUUACACACACAUUCAGACAGAUUACUUCAGUCUAUACAAGCUGAGAGUUUAUGUGACUGUGAAGAGUAAUUUCACAACUUUUAACUUGGGAUACACUUUGAGAAAAACGGGAGAUCGAACGGUGUGUCACGGGUGUAAGGGCAGUGGAGGUUAAUGCAGUGUUGGUGUUUCAAGUGCAGGCUUAAAGGUUCCCCAUGUGAGACUUGCAUGCAUGAAAAGGGUGUGGUUGAAGAUGCUGUACACAGUUUUGGCCACAAAACGGCCCUUCCCAAAUCACAGGGUAUCAUUUGUUAUUGCUGUACAACCCUAACACAAAGUAAGCCCUUCCCAAACUGUUCUUCAACUUAGUUUGUGGCUCCGAUUCACACAGGAUGUGUUUAUGUACUGUAUUGCAUAAAUAUCAGAUUACAGCAACUUCUCUGUCUGGUUGGGCAAGCUGCUACAAACUGAAAAGGUUGUUUGCGUGAAUGUAACGGUUUAGGUUUUUGCCUGGCGGUGGUAGUUGUUGUGGAAAUUGGCAACCAUUAUUUUGAAGACUACAAUAAUUUUCUACAUCCCUAUGCUAGUGUCAUUUUGACUUUUCAGUUAAUUUUUUUUAACUUAUUUCUAUGCUUGUAUAGUCCUGAAUUUAGCUGAUGGCCGGGUGUCGACAGUGAUGUUGGGGGAUGUACUUUGUGAUGCACCGUUUGCCUUCGCUGAUGUAUCUUGACUUUUUAACUGUUACCACUUUUAAUGCAAGUGUGAAAUAAAGUGUUUUCAACGUGA